AUGAAUAAUGUUUCAUAAGUCAAUAAAUUUUCAGAAUAAGAGUAUUCAAAUUAUAUUGACACUUCAGAUGUGGUAAUAUAACAAUACAAAAACUCUAGCGUUUCUGGGUUAGAAAAAUACUUUCUUAAAAUAGAGGAAUGGCUUGAAACUCCAAUUAAUAGAGAAGAAAAUAAACCAUAUGUAAUAGAAGCAGAAGGUGGUAUAGGCAAAAAAGCUUUAUUAAUAAAAUGGAUGGAAUACCAUUAAUAAUUGAAAAAUAAAAAAUAUCCAGAUAUAAUUCUUUCUCAUUUUGCUUCUUCUGGGGGAAAUAGUAGCAAUUAUUUUUUUGCAAUAUACAGAUUAUUAAAUAAACUAAGGGAAGCAUUAGAUAUAGAUUAAAAAGUGGAACUUUUAGAAGAAAAGUUAAGAAAAUAUUUUUCUUAUUGGUUAAACCAUUGUAGUGAUAAAUUAGAAAAACAACUAAAAUAAGGAGAAGUAGUAUUGUAUGACAAAAUAAUAAUAAUAAUAGAAGCAAUAGAUUAAUUUGUAGAAUCAACAAGUAACAAUAGAGAAGCGAAUAUUGUUUUUUGGCUUCCUCGUUGUUUUCCUGAAAAAAUACGUGUAAUAGUUACAUGUGAUAAACAAUCAAAUGCUAAUGAAUAUUUUUAAAGAAUAAAUUGCAAAUUUUUAAAAAUGUAAUUAGAAGAUAACAUCGGAAAUACAAUAAUUUAACGACAUAUUUAAAAAUAAUUAUUUAUAAAUUAAGAAUUGAAAGAAAAACAUUUAACAAUAUUAAAAAAUUUCGAUGAGAAGUGUAAAAAUCCAUAAUUUUAUAAGAUUUUCUUAUGUAUAUAUAUUCCUUAUCCAACUGAAAAUAUAAUUUCUUAAUAAGAAAUACCAGAUGGAACAUUCGAAAAGAUAUUUGAUAAAAUGAAUUACGAUAAUCUUAUGAAAGUAUAGUCUUAUUAAGAUUUAAUAAACUUUACUUUAGACUUUUUUUCAAAUGUUAUUAUGUAAUAAGAGACUUUUAGAAAACUAUUAAGAGUAUUCGUUUUAACUUAGAAAGGUUUAACAUUAGAUGAAUUAAAGAAAAUAACUGCUAUUUCAGUACCAGAAUGGAGAAUAUUUUUGGCUUUCUUCAAAGUUUUUAUUCUUAAAUAUAAAUACUAUUGGUAAAUGAAUAAUUUUUCAUUAAAAAAAAUAAUUUAAAAUAAAUAUAAAAUUGAUACUAAUGAAGUUAGAAGAUUACACGAAGAAAUAUCGAAUGUUUUAGAAAAACAUACAUCUAAUUCUAUCCGAAAACUAGAAGAAUAAACAUAUCACCUUUUCAUGUCCAAAAACUACUUUAAAUUAAAAGAAACAAUCUCUACUAUUGAAAAUUUUCUUCUUUUAUUCAACCCUAAUAAUAAAUAUGAUUUAUGCAGAUAUUGGUAAGCUUUAGAAGAAUAAGGAUUUGAUCCUGUUGGAGAAUAUAACAAGGCUAUAGAAGGUUUCGAAAUGCAUUAUCAUCCUUCAAGUUAGGAUGUUUUUAGAAUUAUUGUUUAAAUUUCAAGAUUUUUAAAGGAAUUUGCAGACUUCGAAACAUAUAAUACUCCUUAUUUUAGACAUCCGCCUAUUAGAGGAACUUGUGAAUAAUUAGAAGAUAUCGGGCUUUUGAGAGAAUUAGUAAAUUUGUAAUUAUUUAGUUCAAAUGAUAAGGCAGAAAUUGAAAAAGCAAAUGCUUUAGAUAAAUAAAAAAAAAAUCUAAAAUAAAAAAUUUAAGAAAAGAAGGAAGCUUUAAAAAUAUAUAAAAAAGGAAUAUCUUCAAAAACUUUAAAAAGGUAAGACUACUAAGAAAUUAAUGAAAAAUAAGUUAAUUAAGAUAAAAAUUCAACAUAAAGAAAGACUGAAAAGAUUUAAAUACAAAUACUAAGUGAAGUUGAAUCUUUAAAUGUUGAAAUACCUUGUAAUAGAGAAAAAUUUAGAAAAUAUUUUCUUAAGUUAAUUUACGAAACUAUAAAUAAUAGUAAUAAUAAAAGUUAAGAAGAAACUAUAGAUUAUAAUUAAAAAACAAUAACAUGUUCGGAUGAAGAAGAAGAAAGAAAUAAUAAAGAUAAAACAAAUGCUUUAAUGUCUUAAUUUGAUAUUUAAUAUGCUGAACAAAAUGCAUUAACUAUGUAAAAAUUAAAAGAAUGCUUUUAUCUUAGAGAAAGAUCACCAAGUAAUUAUUAUUAUAAAAGAUGGUUAUGGAUAUAAUUUCCUUGGGCUUGUUUAUCUUUAGAAUGUGAUUAUAGUGCUAAACUUAAAGAAUGUUUUUCAUCUCCUAUUGAAUAUAUGAGUGUUAAAAAAGAAAAUGAGUUUACUAAAUAAGCGUUAAAAAUAGCUAUUGAAGCUAAAUUGAAAAAAUAAAUAAUGUAUUAAAAACAAGAUAUUGUAUUACAAUAAUAAUAAUAGGAAAUAUCAUCUUUCUUUCCUUAAAUAAAAGAAAGAAAAUCAAUAAAUAUUCCUCAAAAUAAUAUGUCAUAUAGGACUUAAAAAUCCUAAAAAUCAAGCAUAUCUUUAGGUAAAUCAGUUUUUAUGAUAACUUAAUAAUAUCUAAAUUAAAACAAUUUAAAUAAGCAAUUAGAAAAGAAUUUCAAAACCAUCGAACAUAUUAGUAUUAAUAAUAACAAUGUUAAUACUUCUUCUAUUGAAAAUAUGUCAAGAUUAUUGGAAAAAAGUAAAGUUAUGAAAGAUAAAACAGUUUAAAAUUUUGAUCCUUUAAGGAUGGUUUAGAAUUCUUAGAAUAUUUCUUCUGUACUACCUAGAAUUAAAAAUGAAAUAAUUAAUCAUUCUAAUAAAGAAUUAAUUUUAUUAGAAAGCUAGGCUCAUAAUAUGAAAAUUGAAUUAGAUAUUAUAUCGAAUGAUAAUAGAAAUUUAGCUAAAAAAUUAAAAUAAAUGAGUAUAUUGCAAGAAAAUUAAUAAAAAUAUGGAGUUAAUCCUGAAAAAGUAAACUUCGCUUAAGCAUAAGUAAUGGAUUAUGAAAUCAAUAUAUCGAAAGCUGAAGAAGAUUAUUUGACUUGCUUAUUAACUAUUUCUAGAUUGAAAGGGAUUUUGAAAAUUUGUGAUAAUAAUAAAUAAUAGAAUGAGGAUUAUAUUCGAAAUUUGAAUUUCUUGUUAAAUAAUUUUAAAAAAAUAAUUAGAUGGGAAUAAGAAGAUAUUAAAGAAAGUUUGGAAAAAAUUAAUACUUUGUAAAGAAUUAAUAAAGAAUAUUAAGAAGUCUUUAAUGAAAAAAUAGAAUCUUAAAAAAAAUUAAUGGAAUAAAUUAAAUAAUAGGUUCGUGGAAAAGAAAUUUUCGACUAAAAUUUCGCUAAUACAGAUAGUUUAAUUGAAUAAUCGGCUUUGGUUUAACAAGGAAAAUUAAGAUAAGAUCAAUAAGGACAUGAUUAAAAUAAAAAAAUGAAAUAAAAUAUGAGUUAGAUAGAAAAAAACUCUAAAAUUAUUUAAGAAUAACAUGAUAGAUUGUUAGAAAAAUACGAAAAACUUAAAGAAGUAUUAGAUAUAUCAAACCCUAACUAUUAAAGUUUAUUUUAAUUUAAAAAAUUUGUCGCUGAUUGUGAAAAAAAGAAUGAGUUUAAGAGUAUAUUAUUAUCAAGGUAAAAUAUUAUUAAUAAUUUGAAAUAAAGAUUAUAGAUUAAAUAAGAUUAUUUGAAAACUGUUUUAAAAGCUAAUAAUAUUGCAGAAGAUAAAGAAAAAGAUUUUGAAGAAUAAUUUAGUAAUUAAGAUAAUUAAAAUGAAGAAGAAAAUGAUAAAAAAAAUGAUGUUCAUUUCAAAAUUAUAGAUCUUUAAAAUCAAUAAGAGACUAAAAUUAGAUUGUUACAUAAAUUAUAAAUGGUAAGACUACAUUCCUAUAUGGUUGUGGGUACUAUUUAGAAAAAAUUGGCUAUUAAAUAGGCUAGUAAUGUAUAGGAUACUAUUGAAUUUGGAGAAGAUGAGAUUAUUAUGAGCUUGGAUGAAAAAAUGGCACUUAUUAAAGAAAAACUACCUAUUGAAGAAUUCUAAUUGUUUAAUGAAAGUAAGUAUGAUUUUACUAAUAUUUAUAAAGUUAUUUCGGGAAAUAUUAGAAUUAAUAGAGAUAAUAGUUUACUUAGUAAUAAUGAUGAAGAAAAAUUUACUGAAUGA